AUGAGUAAAAAUAAUGUGACUGAGUUAAUUAUUGUCGGUCUUUUCCAAGACCCAGAGGUGCAGAAAGUGUGCUUUGUGUUGUUUCUUCCUGUGUAUUUGGCCACGGUGGUGGGCAACGGCCUUAUUGUUGUGACAGUCUAUUGCAGUAAGAGUCUGAGUUCCCCCAUGUACUUCUUCCUUAGCUAUCUGUCACUGGUAGAGAUCAGUUACUCUUCCACGGUUGUUCCUAAAUUCAUCACAGACUUACUUGCCAAGAUCAAAACCAUCACUUUGGAGGGUUGUUUGACUCAGAUAUUCUUUUUUCACGUCUUGGGAGUUACUGAGAUCCUCCUGCUCACAGUUAUGGCUUAUGACCGUUAUGUAGCUAUCUGCAAACCCCUCCAUUAUACAACCAUCAUGAGCCGACCUGUGUGUCGCCUUCUGGUGGCUGGUUCCUGGCUGGGGGGUUUGGUUCACUCUAUGUUGCAAAUCUUUGUCACUGUUCAGUUACCCUUCUGUGGUCCCAAUGUGAUUGACCACUACUUCUGUGACCUCCAUCCCUUAUUCAAGAUUGCCUGUGCUGAUACUUCUGUAGAGGGCAUUAUUGUGUUGUCCAAUAGUGGAUUAAUCUCUGUCUUAUCCUUCCUCCUCUUGGUGACUUCUUAUAUUGUCAUCUUGGUCAACUUGAGAAACCACUCUGCUGAAGGGAGGCGCAAAGCCCUCUCCACCUGUGCCUCUCACAUCAUGGUGGUCAUCUUGUUCUUUGGACCUGCCAUUUUCCUCUACAUGCGGCCCUCCUCCACCUUCACUGAGGACAAACUGGUGGCUGUGUUCUACACAGUCAUCACCCCCAUGCUGAACCCCAUCAUCUACACACUCAGAAAUACUGAGGUUAAAAAUGCCAUGAGGAAUUUGUGGUGUAAGAAGGUAUAUUCAGGGAUGGAAUAA